UAGCCGAUGUCAGGAUUCUGCCGACAUCUUGGACAAGACGUUGCCACUGCGCAUACUCCGGGUGUUCGUACCGCUGGCUCAACUAAUUUAAAAAUGGCGGACGAAGAGAGAAAAAGUGAUCGAAAAGACAAAAAAUCAGCACGCGAUCGUUCAUCGCGACCAAAUGACAAAAAGAAGUCCAAAAGAAGGUAUUCCAGUAGCAGUAGCUCUUCAUCAGAAGGCAGCUAUGAAUCAAGUUCUAAAAGAAGAAAGAAGUCUAAAAAGACAAAGUACCCAAGCAGUAGCUCCACAGAUAGAGAUUCAAGUUCUUCAUCCUCCUCGUCUUUUUCUGACUCCUCAGCUGAGAGAAAGAGAGAAAAAAAGAAAAAGAGAAAGACGAAAAAGAAAAAGAAGCAGAAGGGUGCAAAAUCGGAGAAGUCAUCAGGCCCAGUGCAGUUAUCAAAGUUUAUGAAAGAAAGAGCUGCAAAGGAUGAAGAAAGAAGUAUAAUAUCUGGGAAAAAGAUUAAGAGAAAGAUUAAGAAAUCCAGCAAAGAUAAAGAGAGAGAGAAAAACCGCAAACAGCUCCUGAGCUUCUUGAAUGAAACUAUGUAGCACUGCCUGAUGGUAUUGAGGCCUUUAUGUACAACCUCAAGCCUUCAUUUGUGACCUCCAACCUUUAUGUACAUACUACCUUGAGCCUUCAUUUGUGACCUCCAAUCUUUUUGUACAUACAUACUACCUUGAGCCUUCAUUUGUGACCUCCAACCUUUCUGUACAUACUACCUUGAGCCUUCAUUUGUGACCUCCAUCCUUUAUGUACCACCCAAGCCUCCAUUUGUGACCUCCAACCUUUAUGAACUAUCUUCAUUUGUACUAUUAUAGGUACAUCAACUAUUGGCUUGGCUGAAUAUUAUUUCUGGAUUGAACAAUUCUUUUUUAUAUGAUUAAAUCUUUAAAAAGAUCACAAACACCACAUCACCACAUAGCAUCAUGGUCCUAAGAACUAACCUACCUUGCACUCUUAAAUGUAUUGUGUGAUUCCAGAAAAAAAUAUUUCUAUUUCCUAGAAUAAAAAUUAUUAAUGUG